AUGGCAAAAACUAUCUACAUGUCCACCCAAUGUUCCUUCAUGCAAAUGCCACUUCACAUAAAUGGGCAUUUUGUGGACAGUACAUUCCUUUUUUUAUUCUUGUUUUCAGCCAUAGCAGAUCUACUUGACAAUGUAGUUGAUGAGAUCCAAAAUGGGGCCACUUUUGUCAUUGUAGAUAAAACCUCAAAUCCAAGGGAUGGAAGUCCAGCAUUGUUAAUUCCAGACAAGAAGAUGCUCAAGAGUUCCCUUAGCUUCAUUAUGGAUCAGAUGCAUGAUGAAUUACUUAAGCUUGAAGGAUAG